GUUUUAAGAAGGUAAGGUGCUUUUGCUCACAAAAGAGGCAUGGCAAACUUGAAACUACCAUCACUGCUCUUUUUUCUCUACUCUAUCCUGACUACCUCAGCAAUCUCAAAAUCCAAGCAUCAACCACUAGACCCUCUAACACCAGCCGAAUUCACUCAAAUCCAAGCCAUUAUCCAUGAAUCAUAUCCAAAAACCAAGCAUAACAUCAGCUUUCACUAUGUGGGCCUAGAUGAGCCAGACAAACCAGCCAUUCUUUCAUGGCUAUCAAACCCCACCACCAAACCGCCGCCUCGAAGAGCCCUAGUCAUUACUAGGCUAAACAAACAAACCCAUGAAAUUAUAGUCGAUUUAUCAUCCAAAUCUACAGUUUCUGAUAAGGUCUACACUGGAUUUGGCUAUCCAAUAAUACUCAUCCCUGAAGAUGCUGUAUUUGAUUUGGUAAUGGCAUAUGAGCCAUUCAAAACUUCCAUCAAACAGAGGGGGCUCAAUAUUUCUGAUGUUGUUUGUUCUUAUUAUGGGGUUGGAUGGUUCGGAGAGAAGAACAGUAAACCGGCGGUGAAGGUCCCUUGUUAUUAUGCAGAUGGUUCUGUCAACAUAUACUUGAGACCAAUAGAAGGGAUAACAAUAGUGGUUGAUACUGAGGAGAUGAAGAUUACAGAAUACAGAGACAGGAUUAGACCUCCAGUUCCAAAAGCUGAAGGAACAGAAUACCAAACUUCAAAGCUGAAACAACCUUUUGGUCCACUUCUAAAUGGUGCAGCCGCCAUGAAACUGGACGAUCCAGGCUUCAGCAUUGACGGACAUACAGUCAGAUGGGCAAAUUGGGAGCUCACUAAGCUGACAAAUUUUUUUUUCGUAUGGAUUAGAUGGGCAAAUUGGGAGUUCCACCUAGGGUUUGAUUAUCGAGCAGGCAUGAUCAUCUCUCUAGCAUCAAUUUUCGACAACGAAAAGCAGCAAUAUCGUCAAGUUAUGUACAGAGGAUACAUAUCGGAAGUAUUCGUACCUUACAUGGAUCCUAGUGAGGGAUGGUACGAUGAAACCUACUUUGACAGCGGCGAAUACGCGUUGGGUCAAUCUGCAGCGCCAUUGGAGCCCCUAACCGAUUGCCCGAUCAAUGCAGCUUUCAUAGAUGUCCAUAUUGCUGGUCCAGACGGCACACCUGUUAAAAUCUCCAACGCCAUCUGCAUAUUUGAACGACAUUCCGGCGACAUCAUGUGGCGGCACACGGAAACAGAGGUUCCCGGCGAAGAGGUGAGGGAGGUUAGAGCAGAUGUGGGCCUAGUGGUGAGGACGGUGGCAACAAUCGGCAACUACGACUACGUCGUCGAUUGGGAAUUCAAACCUAGCGGCUCCAUCAAAGUUGGGGUAGGGCUAACGGGAGUGCUGGAAGUAAAGGGUGUGGAUUACACCCACACAAGUCAAAUAAAAGAAGAUGCCCAUGGAACACUUGUAGCAGACAACAGCAUUGCAGUGAACCAUGACCAUUUUGUGGCAUUCUAUAUUGAUCUUGACAUUGAUGGUGCUGCCAAUUCCUUCAUCAAGACCAAUUUUGUAACCAGGCGAGUGACAGACAAGAGCGUACCAAGGAAGAGUUACUGGGCAGUUGAGAAAGAAACCGCAAAGACUGAAUUAGAUGCAAGAAUUAAGUUCGACUCAAAGCCAAUGGAGGUGGCAGUGGUGAACCCAAAUAAAUACACCAAGCCUGGAAACAAUGUUGGUUAUCGCUUGAUACCAGGAUCAACUGCAGGUCCGUUGCUAGAGAAAGACGAUUACCCACAAAUCCGGGCUGCCUUUACUGAUUACAAUUUGUGGGUUACUCCAUAUAACAAGUCUGAAAAAUGGGCUGGAGGACUAUAUGUUGAUCAAAGCAGAGGAGAUGAUACAUUAGCCACUUGGACUCUGAGGAAUAGGGAGAUUGAGAAUAAGGACAUAGUGUUGUGGUACAUAAUGGGGUUUCGUCAUGCACCUUCACAGGAAGAUUUUCCAGUAAUGCCGACGUUGAGGAACGGAUUUGAGCUUCGACCGACCAAUUUCUUCGAGUUCAAUCCCGUACUUAAGGUGAUAACUAACAAGAUUGUCAACUGGCCUAAUUGUACUUUCCCCAAAUAGAGAUUCAGAGAUGCUUUCGUGGUUCUUGCGAGCCUGUUAUUGUUUGUUUCCACCAUGAAACCAUGUUUAAACCCCAAUAAAAAGCCGCAGGAAAGUAAUAUGUAAGAAUGUGAAUUUCAAUUGUCAACAUGCUUGGAAUGGAUGCAAUUGCUGUGAUGUUAAAUGUAGCAGAAUUCGAAUUUGCAUAGGAAGGAAUGUGUAAAUCAAAUGUUUCUUAUAAAAAUAUCAGUUAUUCUAGUAGUUCUUG